AGUCAACAUUGAUAGUUAUUAAGAUACCAUAAGAUAUUUCAAAAAAUUUAAAAUUGGACUGGCAAAUGUAAAGUUUUUUUUUAUUUUUUUUUCAAACUCACUAUUAAUAGUGUGAUUAAGACUGUCCUUUUUUUUAUAAAAAAAAAAAAAAAAAAAACCUGGGAGGAGGAGGACAUGCCCAUAUUUGGCUCUGUAUGUGAAAUAUGUGACAUGCUGCUUUGUUUCGAAAAAAUUAAAAUUUCGUGGCCAAAACUAACAAAUUUAUUUUAACCUUAAAAAAAUAUACUUACUAUAUAGUUUACUCAGCUUAAAAAGUUAAUUAUUUGAUUUUUUUUUUUUUGCAUGAUAAUUAUUUGAUUAGUUAUCAUUUAAAAUUCUAUCUCCUAAUUUAGGAAAAGAAAAAAAAAAAAAAGAAAACAAAAAAGACUCUUAUCUCCUAAAUACCCUCCUCUCAAUAAAAGACAAUAAAUUAUUUUACAUUGAGACUAGUCUACACUAGUUAAAUGUUAAACAUGAAGAUGCAUUAAACGGGCAGAGCAUUUAGUUUAUAAGAAACAUUCUCUCCAAGUUGCUUCCUUUGGCACUCUGCUUGAGCACUGCGACAAAAAUGGCUUUAAAGCUACUAGUAUUAUAGAUGCAUGACAAUGGUUUGUUCAUAUUCAUUGGUUUUAAGAUAAAGUUAUACCAUCUUUGAAAGCUAUAGCAAUAGUUUUCUUUCAGCAUUGCUAUCUGAAAGCUUUCAAGACAUGGAAGAUGUUGAAAGUCACUGUUCCAUUCAUCAUCUCCAAAAUCCAACAUCUUUCUUCUAUGAAUCAACUCAAACAAACCCAUGCUUUAAUCACCAAACUGGGUUUCUACAAUCACCCUCUUGUACUCGCAAAGCUCAUCACAUUCUUGUCCCUAUCGCCAUUGGGCAGCCUCGUCUAUGCUCAAGCCAUGUUCGAAGAAAGUCGUAUGGACAAUCCUUUUAUAUGUAACACCAUGAUUAGAGCUUAUACCAAGAGUGUUUUUCCAAUCAGAGCUAUUUAUAUCUACAAUCACAUGCACUGUUUGAACCUCGAGUUUGAUCAUUUUACCUAUACUUUUGUGCUCAAAGCCUGUGCCAGAGUCCUGUAUUGCAUUGAAGAAGAUAAGAAACGGGUUGGGUUUGAUAUUGCCUGUAAGGGGACUGAAAUUCAUUGCAGGGUUGUUAAGUCAGGGUUUGAUAGUGACCACUUUAUACAAAAUUCAUUGGUGUAUGUGUAUUCUCGAUGUGGGUUAUUGGAUCACGCCCGUCAAGUGUUUGAUGAAAUGACUGACAAGUCUACCAUUUCGUGGAAUACCAUGAUAUCUGCGUAUGAUCAGGUUGGUGAUUUUUCUUCAGCAGAUUUACUCCUUGAAUCAAUGCCCGGUAAAAAUGUGGUUUCUUGGAAUACAUUGAUAGCCCGCUAUGUUAGGUUGAAUAACAUUGAAGCUGCAAGGAGUAUAUUUGAAGAAAUGCCUGUUAGAGACGCGGUUUCUUGGAAUUCUAUGAUUGCUGGUUAUGUUCAGAUUAAAGAUUAUGCUAGGGCGUUGGAGCUCUUCGGUGAAAUGCAAAUUAAGAAUGUGGAAGCAACUGAAAUAACACUGAUAUCUGUUUUAGGAGCAUGUGCAGAAACAGGGGCACUGGAAAUGGGUAGAAAGAUCCACGAGUCACUGGAAGCGAAAGAAUAUAAAAUUGAAGGGUUUUUGGGCAAUGCGCUUGUAGAUAUGUAUGCUAAGUGUGGGAAUUUGAAUUGGGCUUGGGAGGUGUUUAAUGUGCUGAAAAUGAAACCUGUAAGUUGCUGGAAUGCAAUGGUUGUGGGUUUGGCUAUCCAUGGUUACUGUGACGAAGCUUUAGAGUUGUUUUCAACAAUGGAAACAAGGCGUGAUGAGGUGAGGCCUAACGGCAUUACAUUCAUUGGUGUUCUGAUUGCUUGUAGACAUAAGGGUUUAGUAGAAGAGGGUCGUAGUUUUUUUGGACGUAUGAUGGACGUGUAUAAUAUCAUGCCUAAUGUAAAGCAUUACGGUUGCAUGGUUGAUCUUUUUAGCAGAUGGGGUUUUUUGAAUGAAGCACAUGAGCUCAUCAAGACAAUGCCUUUCAAUCCAAACUGUGUGUUGUGGAGGACUUUGUUGGGCGCCUGUAGGAUACAUGGCAAUGUGGAACUAGCUGAGGAUUCCUUCCAACAGCUUGCCAUGUUGGAGCCUGUUACAGAUGGGGAUUAUGUACUAUUGUCGAACACCUAUGCCGAUGCAGAGAGAUGGGAAGAUGUGGAACGACUGAGGAAUGAAAUGAUUGGCGCGAGGGUUCCAAAGAAGCCUGGCUCUAGCAAUAUUGAGAUGAAAUGAUCAACUAAAUUGGUCUGGUCUGUAAUUGAUAGAUAGUUUUGGUAAUAAUUGUUUUUUCAUUUUGUGGGUAAGGUAAUAAUUAUUGUUUUAGACUUUUUUUCUUUUUCCUUUUUCCACUGAUUUGAUCCAGAUUCCUGUAGUUUAGUUCCCAGAAUUAGGUUAACUUAUCAUCAGAAAACAUGUACAUACCAUUUAUGUUGAAAAAUUGGUCAUUGGUCAUUAACUUUCAAGGAAGUCACCCAAAUAGUAAUAUAGUUCUUGAAUUUAUUAUAUAUAUCGAUCUAACUCAACAGCAUUUUGC